AUGGCCUACUUUUUGUUAAAUGCAGUGGCUCUUAAAUUGUGCAUCGCCAAAGCUCAACUCUGGGGAUGGUGGUACGAAUACGCCGUCCUUCUGGUGACCUUAAUUAUUGGCUCUCUGUUUGUACAUCAGAGGAGGAGAGACAAUCGCCUCAACCUACCGCCCGGUCCUUGGAGGCUCCCAGUGAUCGGAAACCUCCACCUACUACUACCCGGCAAGUUGCUACACCAGUUGCUCCGAGACCUCUCGGUCAAGUAUGGGCCCAUCAUGUUCUUGCAGUUAGGGCAACUUCCCACUGUCGUGAUUUCCUCACCAGAAAUCGCUCGAGAGGUAUUGCAGACCAACGAGCGGGUCUUUUUCGAUCGACCGAGUCCAUGCUAUUGCAAGUACCUCCUGUACGGCGGAGACAACCUCAGUCUGUCGCCCUACGGCACGUUUUGGAGGAACGUAAGGAAGUUGUGUGUAAUGGAGCUACUCAGCAAUAGGAAGGUCCAGGAUUUUAGGGAGGUAAGAGAGGAGGAAGUGGCGACACUCAUUCAAGAUAUUGCGACCACCACUGGUAUGGUGAAUUUGUCCCGUUUCGUGCUCUGUCUCACCAACAAUGUGGUUUCCAGAAUCGUCGUCGGAAAAAAGUAUCGAGAGAAUGGCGUGGGUGGAUACGCAGAUAUGGUGAAUAAGGUGGCGAACAUGCUUCAUGGAUACAGUAUUGGGGACUUGUUCCCAUCGAUGCAGUGGAUCACCUUCUUCACCCCAAUGCAUGCACGCGUACGACAUUUAUUUCGCCGGGUCGACGCUUUUCUUGACGGGAUUGUGGAGGAGCACCUGAAAGAACGCAAAAAUGGUGACAAGAUAAAGGACUUUGUGAACUAUCUUCUUGACAUUCAAGAAAGGGGCGACCUCCAUUUCCCUCUCACCCGUCACCAUCUGAAGGCGCUUCUCCUGGAUAUGAUCGGUGGGGGAACUGAAACAUCAUACGUUACAAUGACUUGGGCUAUGUCGGAGCUCAUCAGGAACCCGAGAAUAAUGAGGAAAGCUCAAGAAGAACUCAGAAACACAAUUGGGGAAAAACCAAUGGUCGAAGAGAGUGAUUUACCUAAAUUGACCUACCUCAAAUGCAUCAUUAAGGAAAUCUUUAGGUUCCAUACCCAGAUUCCUAUUAUAGCCCGAGUUUCACGCGAGGAUUGCAUAAUUGGUGGCUACCAUGUACCAGCUGGAACAAGGGUUAUGGUGAAUGCUUGGGGAAUAGGAAGAAGUGCAAAAAUCUGGGAAAAUCCAGAUCAAUUUAUACCAGAGAGAUUUGAGAAAAGCACAAUUGAUUUCAAAGGCCAAGAUUUUGAACUCAUACCAUUUGGUGCAGGGCGAAGGGGUUGCCCUGGCAUAUCAUACGCAAACUCAGUGAUCGAAAUUGUUCUCGCUCAACUUUUGUUUCAUUUUGAUUGGGAGCUUCCAAAUGGAACCAAGCCAGAGGAACUUGACAUGACAGAAAAUACUUCA